AUGGCAGACGCCGAGGCCAACGACCGUCAUCAGAUACUCACCCAGGCCCUCUGGUACGCCGUCGGCCAGAUGGUAGAUGCCAAGGUCAUGAGGGAGAACCGCAAUGCCACCCCCCAGUUCAUCGCUGCCUUGACACAGGUGGUGUGGACCCAGAUGGAGAGUGUCGCUCAAGAUUUGGAGGCAUUCUGUAACCAUGCUGGUCGCACUACCAUCUCCACAGAUGAUGUCCUGCUCCUGUGCCGGAGAAACCAGGAUAUGCAUCAGAUUAUAAAGGACUUUAUUGACCAGGAAAAGGCCGAGAAGGCCACUUCCAAAGGUGACAAGAGGUCGAGGAAGUAA